AUGGCCUCGGCCGUGGCGUUACGCGUCAGUGACUUGCAUUUUGGACCAGCCCGUGGACAACCUGGAGGACGCUUUGAGAAACACUUUGCUAGACAAUAUAAUUCUGACAAAGAAAAUUUUCCGGAACCUCAGGUAAAUGGAAGAUGGAACUCACGACGUAGUCUCAAGUUAGAGCCUCGCUGGGAACCGUUCUAUUGUGUGCUGCUUCAAGAUGUCUGUACCUUCACUCACUAUCCUACAGAAGAAAUGAGUAUUGGAGACCGACUAUUUGUGGAUCUUCCUCGAGUUAGAUUGGACGGGGGUCGGCAAGCAUUUCGCCGUCGCUGGGGGUACGAGGUGUCUGCUCCACCCCCUUUGUUGGAAGAAGAUGAAGACAGUGACCUUUCGGAGACGACUUCCCUUCGAGAUGAAAGGUUACUUCGGUUUUCGCCGAUAGGCAGACAGUUUUCACCAAUCCAGACAAACCGAAACAGGAGUAGCCUUACGAUUGGGUGGAGAGGUGAGUGGUGGGUCACGUGACCCUGUACUAACUACUUUACAGUCUUUGUUUGCGUCUUCUGUUUUAACUUGUAACUUUAAAAGGGAGCGUGUGUUUAAUUGAACAGAGCCGAUUUCUUUAAACGGCUUGUUAUCAGGAACAAAGUUGCAUGCUUACUAUAUUUCAUAUUGAAAUGUAUUAAUAUUUAUUUAGCUCUAAAUUCACAUUAUGUAACAGUUAAAACUAACUUGAAUACAACUCACCUUGAUCAGUUGAUUUUUCUUCCUGUGACAUUUCAACAGUACAAUAAUUCUACCGUUUUUAUUCAUAAAACAUUUCAGCAGUACAGCGUAUUGACUUACCCUUGUGAAACGUUUCACCAGUACAGCGUAUUGAUUUACCCUUGUGAAACAUUUCACCAGUACAGCGUAUUGACUUACCCUUG